AUGUGUGAAGCAACACUAGUGUCACCUAAGCGGUUCCCGAUUGGAUUGGGAACCGGUGGUAACAGAACCGGAGGUCCGCCGCAGGGAAAAGUGGCCAUUCAGUCGAUUCACGACGCUAUCGAUUCCGGGUAUAGACAUAUCGACACCGCAAUUGACUAUCAGAACGAGAAGGCCAUCGGACAGGCGGUCACUGAAGUGUUGGCCAAAGGAGUGAUCAAACGGCAAGAGUUGUUCAUUACAACUAAACUGAUGCCAAACCCAACCAACACUCGGGAGGAAACGCUAAAAUCAGUUCAAUUGUCGAUACAAAACCUGAACACAUCAUACGUGGACUUAAUGCUCAUUCAUAUGCCAUCCAAUGAUUUGGCCGUCAAUGACAAAGUGUGGUCAGCUCUGGAGGAAGCGGUCGCUCAGAAGCUAAUCAGAUCUAUCGGUGUUUCCAACUUUAAUGCUCAACAAAUUGAUAGUCUGCUGAAGAAUGCGAAAGUAGUUCCGGCGAUGCUUCAGGUGGAGAGUCAUCCGCAGGUCAAUCAAAGACAACUUAUCAGUUAUAGCAAUAAACAUGGUAUACAUUUGACCGCAUACUCGCCAUUAGGCGCCGGAACUCUCAUAAAGAAUCCAACGAUUGUUGAAAUUGGCAAAAGUCAUAACAAGUCUGCGGCGACAGUAAUGAUCAGAUGGCAGGUCCAGAGGGGUGUCGUCGCCAUUCCUAAGAGCCUUAAGUUAAAUUAUAUCAAAGAAAACAUCGAUGUCUUUGACUGGACUUUAACUGACAACGAGAUGAAAGUAUUGGAAGAUAUGAAAUAA